CUUCUCUUUCUCUCCUCAACCCCUUCUCUUUAACCAAACAUUUUAAGCAACACUGUACCAUAGUCCAUAAACUAAACAAAUUACUUAAAAGGUAACUAAGGAAAAUGGGUAGGUCUCCAUGUUGUGAUGAUAUUAGUGAGUUGAAGAAAGGUCCUUGGACACCGGAGGAGGAUGAAAAACUUGUCUCUUACAUCCAAAACCACGGCCAUGGAAGUUGGCGCGCUCUUCCUAGGGCGGCGGGGCUCAACAGGUGCGGUAAGAGUUGUAGAUUGAGAUGGACUAAUUACUUGAGGCCUGACAUUAAGCGUGGCCGUUUCACUGAAGAAGAAGAAGACAUGAUCAUCAAACUUCAUUCUGUUCUUGGAAACAAGUGGUCAAGGAUUGCAGCUCAUCUUCCUGGAAGAACAGACAAUGAGAUAAAGAAUUACUGGAACACCCAUCUAAGGAAAAAGCUUUUACAAAUGGGUAUUGAUCCAGUUACUCACAAACCAAGAACUGAUCUUAAUAUCUUAUCUAAUCUCUCCCAACUUUUUUCAACCUCACCAAAUUUAAGUACCUUGAUGAACCCUUGGAACAUCAAUAAUGCUCUUAGGAUACAACCAAAUGUCGCCGCCGAAGUAGCAAAACUCCAAGUCCUACAAAACAUCUUCCAAAUCCUAAACACAAGUAAUAAUACAUCAUCAUCUCUACCAAAUAUGGACCAAACUAUGCCAUUAAACUUGGGAUACCCCAAUGUAAAUGGGUUUGGUAAUCUCAACAAUACCAAUAAUGCUAUGUGUUCAACUUCUCAAGGAUUUUGCCAUGUUCCAAAUUAUGUGGGUCCAAACCAAACAAUAGUUGAUGAAUUAUAUCCAAACAUGGAUAGUAAUAAUAGUAAUAAAAGCUUGAGCAUAAGUACUUCUACUUAUGAAACCCUAGAUGAGAGUAGACUUCCUUCAUUGGUUAAUAUUUCUCCUGAAGCUUCCACUGUUAAUCGAAUUGAAAGCAAUACAAACUCCACAAAUGGCUCCUCUGCUGCUUUCACUCCCACAACAGCUGACUUCUUUGAAGGUUGGGAAAAGCUUCUUGAUGAUGGAAAUAGUGACUUCUGGAAAGAAUUCAUAAACUAACGGUAUAUAUGCCUCAUUGGAGCAAGAACGUCGUCAUGGGUGGCCCAAUUUUCAUGUGAAAGAUUCAAGCUAAGAGGAAUAUAUAUACAUUCAAAUUAUAUCAAAUUGUUUGAAAUUCUUUUUUUUUUUUGGUUUAUAAAUGAGGGUGAUAGAACAUAUAUAAAGCUACAUACUUGUAUAAAGCCCUAAAACAUCAAAUUUUUCAUUAUUUGGUUUGUAGAGAUUAUUAUCAUAUUGUGAUUUUGUUGUACACAGAAAAGUAUAUAGAACACAGUUAUUGUAUCUUAUUAUCCACUCUUCUAUAUAAUAUAUAUAGAUAUGUAGCAUAUCCAAUAAUUUGUAUAUAUUUAAAAGAAUGUUUUAUU